CUCCUCCUCAGGUGAGUGCCGGCCCCGCCCCCUCCGGAAGCCGAAGCCGGCCCGUGGUGCUGGGCGGCCGCUGCGCUGCGCUGGGGCCAUGGGGCGGGUGGCCGCGGCGCUCCCCCGUCUCCUGCUGCUGCUGCUGGGGUCCAGGGCCCUGGGGCUGCGGCUGCUCCUCAGCGCCCCGCCGCCCUUCGACUGCUCGCAGCCGGAUCUAAAUUGCCUCGUAAGAAAUAGUACCUGCAUGGACCAGAGCUGGUUACAGGUUUCCACAUGGACACCCUCCGCUCCAAGUGUUCUUGAUGUCCACUCUGAUGUUUUCCGUGAUGAGGGGAAACUGCUUCCUGUGUUGCGGAUAGAGUGGAAGGUGGCUACUGAUGCAAGCAUUCAGUAUCUCCAGGGAGUGGAGCUGGCUGUGCUACAAGUGAAUAAUAAUCGACAAAUCUGUGCCCAGUUUGACUUUCAGAACAACCUGUCACUUCAGGUCCGUCCGGAUGGAGGCCGGUGGAACUUCACUUUCAACCGUUUUGAGGUGGAGCCUGGCCAGAUGUACCAAGUGACUGUCCAUCAUCUGCCCAAACUGGGCACCAGUGGAGACUACAACUGCAAAUCCACAUCUUUCACAGUGCCUGAUUGCAGGGACCCUGUGAUGAAAAGAACCAUGCCAUGUAUGCAGACAGGCAGCCUGUGGGAGCCCAGUAUUGAUGGCAAAAGUCUAGAUGACAAUUCUCUGUUGGUGAGUUUUAACCCAGGGAUGGAGUCAGCUCAAUAUCGGAUUCAUGUGACCAGUUUCCCAGAUGAGGAAAAGCAAUGUAAGGAGACCACACAUGAUAUUUAUGAGUCUCUGCAGAGUGGACAGCAGAACCGUGUGAAUGUCACUGUCAAAAUCGAGAAAAACUUAAAAGCCUGUUGCAGAUACAAAAUACAGAUUCAACCAUUCUUUACCGUUUGUGGCACCGACUGUCUGAGACAUUCUGCUGUCAUCCCAUGUCCCUCAGUUGCUCCAACUACAUAUCCUGAAGAUGAUCCGAUUAUGUGGCUAUACUGGUGUAUCACUGGCAUCUGCAUUUUACUGGUGGGAUCAGUCAUAGCUGGUGCUAUUUGCAUGACCCGAAGAAAAGUAGGCCAUCAGCAUAGGAAAUACAGCAGCCAUGAGCUGUUACCUCCACAGCUGACUCCACCAUCCCUGAGGCCCCGGAAGGUUUGGAUUGUGUACUCUGCUGACCACCCACUCUAUGUAGAUGUGGUGCUGAAGUUUGCCCAGUUCUUGAUCACGGUCUGUGGUACUGAGGUAGUCCUGGAUUUGCUGGAAAAGCAUCAGAUUUCAGAGAUUGGGGCCUUACCCUGGCUUACUCGACAGAAAAAGGAAAUGGAAGAACUAUCUUCAAAGAUCAUAAUUUUGUGUUCUCGGGGCACCCGAGCCAAAUGGCAGGCUAUGCUUGGGAAGGAGGGAACAGCUGUGUGUCUCAAGCAAGAUCAAUGGCAGCCUACUGGAGACAUGUUCACUCCAGCCUUGAAUUUGAUCCUGCCAGACUUCAAGAAGCCGGCUUGUUUUGGCAUGUAUAUAGUUUGCUAUUUUGAGGGCAUAAGUGAGGAUAAGGAUAUUCCGGAUCCAUUCAAUAUCACAUCCAAGUACCAGCUGAUGGACAGGUUUGAGGACAUUUACUUCCUGAUCCAGGAUAUGGAGAAGUACGAACCAGGGCGGAUCCAUCAAAUCCGGGAGAUCACUGCUGAAAACUACGCUGAAAAUUCCAACGGCUGGAAGUUGAAGGAGGCAGUACAGACAUUCCAGGAAUGGCAGGCAAAGCACCCUGAUUGGUUUGAGAGAGAGGCCACAUGCUCAGAAGAUGAGGAGGACCUGCGGUCUCUGGACAGGGAAAUACCAGAGGAAUUAAUGCUGGGUAAUGAACAGGUAAUUAUGAAACAGCAGCUGCAUGUUCAAGAGCCUGAUCCCAAUGGCUGUUGCACAGUUAAACUCCAUGUGAAUGAAGAUGAGGGUGAAAGUUUUAAACUGCAGCCUCAGCUUAAUCCCCAGGGGGAUCCAACUUUUCAGACCCUGAUGAUUCCUGUGAAUGAGGCACCUCCAGUUCAGAUGGUGGAACCAAUUUCUGUUACAGGAGGUAAAAAUGCAAUUAGUCAUCAGGUGCUGACCAACAUGAAUUGGAUGGAAGGAAUCCCUCUGCUGGAGACUAGUGUCCCAAUGAGGAACAGCAUCAUCCUUCAUGAUGAUUUUGAUGUCCCAUCAUCAGACAACCAGAGAUCUGCAAACCACCUCCCAAAUGAAGUGAGGCAGCAGCUGGAGGGGUUAAUGUACUCUCUUUACCACCAAAGUGUCAUUCCUUCUGAGCCAUCUCUCCGUCAAGAGGAUGCUGAAGAGCAGCAGCAGCAGGUGGUUUUCAAUAACCCAUGCAAAGAUCAGAGACAGUCAGUGCAAUCAGACCAGGGCUACAUCUCCAGAUGUUCCCCUUUGCCUCCUGAUGAUCUGGUGGUGGAAGAGGAAGAGGAGGACCAAGAACAGGAAAACAAGAUGCCCCCUCAGUAUCUCUCUCCAGAGGUCUUGGACAGUCUAAAGAGCCUCCAACAAAAGCUGCUUUUCCAGGAAAUUCAGCAGAAAUCUGUCUGGGAGCACGUGGGUGAGAUGGACACACGUCAUUCUGCAGAGGACUCUUAGACUCUCUGUCCAGGACCAUCCCAUUUGAAAAAUAGGACUGCAGGGUGGUAGUGUGUAUAAUUUCAGCACUCUUCUUCAAGCAGCCUCCUCAUCCUUGUAAAACAAGUGUCAUAGGUUCUGAUCAGUAGGAAAUCUCACUGAUGCAUAUUACCCAGAGGCAGACUUGCCAAGUGCAUACAGUAUGGUCGACCUACCUACACCUCUUAGAGCACAACUGUUACCUCCCAAUCUGUCUCUGACUGGAGGAAGAUGACAGCAAUGUUAGUCCCCUGCAUGUGCUGUGGAGGAACUGGUACUAAAUCUGUUCCUCCAUGAGAAAUCUUCUGUGUGUAGAAUCCACUGUGAACUAAUUACAGGCAAAUUAUUGUGGUCUAUCAGGCUGCAUCUCUCAGGAUGCCUGUCACACCAUCAUUCCAGCUUACUGUAGAGGACUAAAGUCAUGGUUAUGGAGGAGAGGGUAAAGACUCUGAUUCUGAUAUCGGAGUUUAUUAGCUAAGCUUUGUUGUAAAUGCUGUAGUAAGUAAUUUAUGCCUCAGAUCACAACCAGUGAUGACUAGGGCCCUACCAAAUUCACUGUCCAUUAUGGUCAAUUUCACGGCCAUAGGAUUUGAAGAUUGGUAAAUUUCACAUUUUCAGAUGUUUAAAUCUGAAAUUUCACAGUGUUGUAACUGUGGUGGUCCUGACCCAACAGGGGCUUGAGGAGAGCGGGUAGGGGAGGAAUGUUGCAAACCUGUAGUAGGGGAGGUCAUGGGAUUGUCACCCUCACUUCUGUGCUGCCUUCAGAGCUGGACUGUCCGUCCCCUGCCCAGUCAGAGGUAGGAGUCCUCUUUGCUGGGGUUCUCCCAGCAGCACACGGCAGAUUGGACACAACUCCAUAAGUCUCCUCCAGCUGAGACUCGUGGACAUAACUCCACAGUCUCCUCCCCGUCCCUCACCCCAGAGCAGCUGUGCAGGAGGAGAUGGACAUGUCCUGUUCUUCCCCUGCCCAGUUGGAGCGAAGAGAUCCCUUUGCUGGGGCACUCCUAGGAACAAGGGAACAUUGGAUUUCAUGGGGAAGGGCUUAUUUCAUGGUCCGUGACAUGUUUUUCACAGACGUGAAAUUGAUAGGGCCCUAGUGAUGACAGAUCCCAGUAGACCCACUUGUGGUAAUAUCUGGGCCUUGGGAUUUUCUAAUGUAUUACACACGUUGGCAUCGCCAUACCUGCCUGGCCCUUAAGCAGUGUAGCAGGAUGCUGAGUAGUUAUUAGAAUGAACGUUUUUAAGUGGGUAGUUUUAUCUCUUUGGUACUUUCCCCUCAACCCAUGAUGAGUGGAAGGCACUUGAAAAGCAGCAACACCAAAAGAAACGUAAGCUUGGUGGUCAGAAAAUGGACUAGGAGCUUGCAGUGCAAUUACAGCAGAAAAAAGAAUGUGGUUUAGGCUGCAUAUGGUCUUCACCUCAUAGAUCAGGAAGGAAAUGGGUUUUUUCUGGUGCACUGAUAGUACCAACCAGGAUAUUGUGUUCAUUUCUGGGCAUCUCAAUAUCAGGAAGAUUUCAAAUUGGAGAGAUGGUGAGAAAAGCAGUAAACACAAUUAAGGGGCUGAAAGACUGUUUGGAAGAAAAAUGUAGUAGUAAACAGGGCUGUCAAUCACAUGUAAUGCCUGUGAUUAACUGAAAACAAAAUUAACACGUUAAGCCCGUAGCAGGGAAGCUGAAGAAGCGUCAGCCUGCAGCUCCAUAGGCAGCGGGGGAGGUAUUAAGGAAGUCCCAGACUGAGGCUUCCCGGGCAGUCGGGAAGGGGUUGAAGAGAUCCAAGCCCACAGCUUCCCAGGCAGCAAGAGGGCUGGAGCCCUGCACCCUGAGGGGGCAUGGGCAGUGGGUCACAUAGGUGGGGGGAGACUGUACCUCCCCAAACAGCCAGGCAUGGCCCCACCCUCUGCUUACCAUUGCUCCCUGCGUGCAGCUCCAGUUCUCCAGCCCCCAGUGCUCCAGCGGGGACCGCUCACCUUCCUGCGCUCUGGGGCUGGAGGGGGGUGCAGCCACCCGUGCUCUGGGUGGGCUGGGGCCAUGCACCACUUGCCUUCCUGGUGCUCUCGGGUGGGGGUGGGGCUGUGGCCGCCCGCUUGGGGGGCUAGCCUGGGGCGGGACUGAGCUGGUGGCUGCGGGGGGGGCGGGGGAGAUGCUUGGCUCCGGCAGGAGGGCAAAAGGCAGGGGGGCCUCAGGCACAAGGGGUGGGGCUGAGAGCUAGUCUCGCCCAGCCAGCAGUUCCCGUGCUGCCCAUGCAAGGGGGGCUGAAGCCCAGAGCCCCCAGCCCUGAUCCUAUAUUUGAAAAUAUACUAAAACCCCAAAAAUAUUACAUAUAUGGCAUGCUAUUAUUGUUUAAUAGUGUGAUUUUUAAACUGCAGUUAAUCUCAGUUAAUUUUUUAAUCACUUGACACCCCUAGUAGUAAGCAUAGCUUGAACAUACGUUGCCCGGGUGGGAAAUAUAACCAACAAGUGAGGGAUGCUGGAGUGAAACCAAUGUAAGAUGAUCCCUGGAGAUGUAACUACUACUAACGUAAAUUUGAGCAAAGGAAGUUCAGACUAAACCUUGAGAAACAUUUCCGAGUAGUGCAAACUGCAGAGUCAUCUCCCACAAGUUGUGCUGGAAACUCCAUCAAUUGAAAGAUUUCAAAAUUGGUUUUAACAAACCCGAGGAACACUGUGCAGCAAACAAUCCAGCAUUGUCUCUUGUGGGCUAGAUGGUUUACUUUUCUAAUCUAUAAAGCUGGAGACUACCCCGUGCACUGUGGCCGCUUGUUUAACUCAGCCAACCAGGGAAUGCCUUUUUGAGGAGUAAAAGCUGCCCACCCAAACUGCCUUUUUUCCUCUCCCCUUUGGGAUCAUACAAGACUGCUGCCUUUCCACCUUGCUAAUUGCAUGUGUCGGACAACAAGAUGUAAUCUUGGGUCUUGCAUUUACAUGAAGCAUUUUUCCAUUCCCGAGAUGGCGAACUGAUUUUCUUCAGCCUAUAAAGAUUACAUCUGUACAACUUCAAGUAUUUUCUUUUUAUAUGCUUUAUACACUGGCUUUUCAAAUGAAAGUUUUGAGUAGCUAUUAUUCCACAUUGCCACUUCUGACUAUGUGACCAAUAGGAUAUAUUUUUAUAACUGAUUGUAUCUAAUUUUUUUCUAAUUUUCUUUUUUAGUUAAAGGAAUAAUAAUAUACUUUCAGAAGAUGCUCACACUGAAACGAUUAAAGGAUCUAGAAUGUCCUCCCUUCAUUUGAUUUUCACCUAUGCAGGACACUUCCCCCUAGAACUCAAACCAAAACACUGAAGUAUGAAAUUGAGCCAGUCAUGAAAUGCCAAAAUGUUAGGAAAAGGGGUGCCACCUGGGACGAGGGAGAGGGAGGGAAACCCCUCAUUGAAAGUUGCCUUCCUCACAAAAAUACUUGCCUGCAGCAGUCAAAAUCUGUCUGUGGGAUUUGGUUGCCUGAAUGUAGGACCAUCAGCAACCUGACCUGUCCAUCUGUGCCUGUACAACCACAAAGCAGCAAACAGAAAAGUUCCUGCAAAUAAUAAUGUGCAGGACCAGGAGCGAUCUUCAUUUUAUGUUGUGUAUAGGAUCAAACGUGUGGGUUGGGGCUAAACAAAUAAAUAGUACAGAGCUCAA